CGCACACACCAGAAUCACCAGAUCAGUGAUUUUUUUUUCUACAAUCAAAUAUUUUCCCUGUCAUCACUUUACUUUACUUCAGAAAUUCAUAAUUUUGAAAAACUUUCGAGAAACUUCGAAACACCGAUUGAGAUUUUGACGCAAAAAUGUCUUCAAAACAUUCUUCGACGGAUAAACAUCCUCAACAGCAACAACAAACGCAGCAAUCGCAACCACAAACGCAAUCGCAACAACAAAAACAUAUUGAAAAAAUUGAAAAUUAUUAUCGUACAAGUGAAAAUGUUUAUCGAUUAUCAACCGAUCAUCAUCAAAAUCAUCCAAUGAUUACCGAAUGGAUCACUAAUUAUCCGAAACAAUUAAAUUUUCGUCAAAAUCAUCCUCAACAAAAUAAUUCUUUACGACAUUAUAAUUAUCUGAAUAUGAAUAAUGAUUUAUAUGAAUUAUAUGUUGAUGUUAAUGGUGGUUAUAAACCGGAAAAUAUUACCGUUACAACUAAAAAUGAUUUAUUAAUUAUUAAUGGUUUUAUGGAACAAAAUAAUGGUGGUGAUAAUUACGGCAGUGUUAACGGUGACAGUGUUAAUGGCGGUGGUUAUCAUUCAAAAGAAUUUUGUUAUAAAUAUCAGCUACCAAAAUAUGUUUGUAAAGAUAAAAUGACAUGUAUGUUUAAGCUAGGUGGUAAUUUAUUACAUAUUGAAGCACCAAUUGAACAACCAAAUACCCGUCAUAUACCGAUUAAAAUUUUAAAUGAACCAUCAACAGCGACGACCAAUAAUAAUAAUAUUGAUGAUAAUCCGCAUCAAUCAACAACCAAAACAACAUCGAAUGGUUUGGCUACUAAUGCCAGCAAUAUUUAAAUUUCGGGAAAUUUUCCAGAAUUUGACAUUUAAAAAAUGACAUCUUCUAAAUCCCUUUCUCUCUCUCACUUUCUUUCAUACACACACACAUCGUAAACU